UGAAUAUAACUUGGUCUUUAUGUAUUAAAUUUUUAUUGCUUUCUGCUUUUAUCUGUCUGGUGUUAAGUACCUUUUGUUGUAUCUGACUUUUUCUGCAGGUAUGACUAUUCUGGAUACGGUCAAUCAUCAGGAAAGCCAAGUGAGCAGAACACCUAUGCUGAUAUUGAAGCUGCUUAUAGAUGCCUUAUAGAAACUUAUGGAGCUCGUGAGGAGGAUGUUAUUUUAUAUGGUCAAUCAGUUGGUAGUGGCCCAACUCUGGAUCUAGCGUCUCGUUUGCCUCACUUGAGAGCAGUUGUUCUGCAUAGCCCAAUUUUAUCUGGCCUUCGUGUCAUGUAUCCUGUAAAGCACACCUAUUGGUUUGACAUAUAUAAGAACAUUGAUAAAAUUCCUUUGGUCAAUUGUCCUGUUUUGGUAAUUCAUGGGACAGCAGAUGAGGUUGUGGAUUGGUCCCAUGGGAAGGGGCUAUGGGAGCUCUGCAAAGAAAAGUAUGAGCCUCUAUGGAUCAAAGGAGGGAACCACUGUAAUUUGGAACUUUAUCCAGAAUAUAUUAAACACCUAAAAAAGUUCAUAUCGGCAGUAGAAAAAUCACCACCAAAGAAAGAUCGAUCUGUAGGGAGCUCAUCUCUCCUAGAUCCUCCUAAUACAAGCUCGGACUUUGGAGAGCUUUCAAGGAAAAGUAUAGAUCAUAGAGAAAAAUCAAGGGCAAGUGUCAACCACAAGGAGAAGUCGCGGCGCAGCACCGAUCUGAGAGAGAAGCCAAGAACCAGUACAGAUAGGAGAGAGAAAUCAAAGAAGAGUGUAGAUCUUCCUGAUAAAGCCAGGGCCAGUGUGGAUCAAUCUGAGAAGCCAAGGAAAAGCAUUGACCGCUUCGGAGGGAUGAUGAGAUCAGUGGGAUUGUGCAAUAUCGACUGUUUCAAAGUCACGGCUUCUGGGGGCUAGAAAGAACGGAAGGUUAGUGCUUGACAUUCAAUUGUAUUCAUAGUGUUGUAUAAUUAAUUUAAUUGGAUGGUUGGUUUUGUUCAUGGAAAGGGUGGGGUUGCGGUUGUUUUACAUUUCACGACUUAUCUUACUGGAGGAGAUAAUCCAAUUUCAUUUGUUCAACA